AUGGCAAAACCUCAUGUUCUAAUCAUACCUUAUCCCCGCACAAGGCCAUGUCAUCCCUCUAAUGGAGCUUGCUCAACGCUUAGUCGAUCAAGAAGUCAAAGUUACAGUUGUAAACACCGAGGUCACUCACAAGCAGAUGAUUGCAUGGGAUGGGUCAUAAAAGUCGCAAAGAAGAUGGAAAUUAGAAGAGCAGCCGUCUGGCCAGCCUCAGUUACUACGCUAACUUCCAUGUUGAGCUGUCAGAAAUUGAUUGAUGAUGGAAUCAUUAACAACAAUGGCAUACCUCUAAAUCAGCAUAUGAUUAAGCUAUCAGAAACCAUGCCACCUAUAAAACCAACGAACCUCUGGUGGACACGCUUUGAGGACUUGCCCACUUCAGAAGCUUUCUUUGAAGUUGUAAAAGAAGCAGCUGAAGCUUCCAGAUUGACGGAAUGGCAUUUAUGCAGAUCAACUACUGAGCUGGAGCCUGCAGCACUUGGCCUCUUCCCCCAACUAUUACCAAUUGGCCCUUUGCUAGCAAGCAACCGACGUGCUGAUCAAGUAGGUCACUUCUGGCAAGAAGACUCCACCUGUUUAGCGUGGCUCGACCAACAGCCACCAUGUUCGGUCAUUUACGUAGCAUUUGGGAGCUUCACCAUUUUCAACCAAACACAGUUUGAAGAAUUGGCACUUGGUCUUGAACUUAGUAAUAGACCAUUCUUGUGGGUUGUGCGACAAGGCAUGACAAAAGAGACUACAGCUGCUUACCCAGAUGGGUUUGAGGAAAGAGUAGGCUCUCGUGGAAGAAUUCUGAGUUGGGCACCUCAACAGAAAGUAUUAGCUCAUCCUUCUGUGGCUUGUUUUGUGAGUCAUUGUGGUUGGAAUUCUACUUUAGAGGGUGUUACAAAUGGACUCCCUUUCUUGUGCUGGCCAUACUUCGCUGAUCAGUUUCAGAAUGAAAUUUACAUUCGUGACAUCUGGAAAACUGGGCUGGGGUUUGACAAAGAUGAAGCAGGAAUCAUCAGAAGAGGAGAAAUAAAAGGUAAGGUAGAGCAGCUGCUCGGAGACAAUACAUUCAGAGUUAAGGCCAUCGAUAUCAAAGAGAAGCUCCUUGAUUUAACGUUCCAUGCAAAGAUACGGAACAAAGUCUGA